AUGUCUUCCAAGCCCAGAGACGCUUUGGACUUUCCAGAGUCGGAUAGGGGCUUCCUAGAAGCUCACCUUCCGACCCAGGAUGGCUCUACCCGGGAUCUCCCCUUCACAACACUCACUUUCGCCACAUCGCUCGACUCCUCCCUUGCUCUCUCACCUGGGGCCCGCACGGUCCUUUCUGGGCCCCAGUCGAAGGCAAUGACACAUUAUCUCCGGUCACGCCACGAUGGGAUUCUUAUCGGUGUCGGCACCGCAAUGGCAGACGACCCAGGUCUCAACUGCCGCAUUGCAGGAGUCGGAGGCUACGGCAAGGACGGCCUGGAUGGCCAGCCACGACCAGUAGUUAUUGAUCCAUCUGCUCGAUGGGACUUUUCUGAUGAUAGCAAAUUGUUCCAGCUUUGCAGAGAGGGACGCGGACGUGCACCGUGGAUCGUGACCGCACUUGACCAACCCCCUGCGGAAAAACGAGAUCUGCUGGAGAAGUAUGGCGGAAGAUUUAUCUCACUUGAAAUGCCUCAAUCUGACUCUGGCCGGCACCAAAUCAAUUGGCACAAUCUUCUUGUCACCCUCAAGUCCAAUGGCCUUUCAAGCGUGAUGGUAGAGGGUGGUGGCCAGGUUAUCAAUUCUCUCCUCAGUCCUUCCAAUAUGUCACUGCUCAAUUCCGUGAUUGUCACAAUUGCCCCAACUUGGCUAGGUCGAGGUGGUGUAGUUGUGUCACCAGCCAGGCGGUUUGAUGACGGAGGAAAUGCAAUUUCCGCUGCGAGAUUGACGAGCGUCAAGUGGUACCCAUUUGGUGAAGAUGUCGUCUUGUGCGGUCGGGUCCAGCUUUCUGAAUCUUGA